AUGAAAUUAACAAUUAUAUCUUUUUUAUUGUUUUUUAUAUUGAUUGAUAGUUGCUUAUCAAUCAAUGUAAUUUCAAAUGAAGUUAAUUGUUUAAAUAAUUUGGCAACAAACACUGGAGGUUAUACAGCAUCAUCUCUCUCAACAACAUUUUGUGAUCUUCCAAGUAAUUUUUGUUACCCAAAUGGUUCAAUUUCCACAAUAACAUUUACACAAACCACUACUUAUGAGUUGUCAUACAACGAUCUUAUUUGUUUCCCAAACUUAAAUACUAUAAGAAUAUCUAAAGGAAGAUUACCAGAAAGUUUUUUUACAAGUUUUAACCCAUCAAUUCAAUAUCUAACUGUAGAAUCAACAAUCUUACCAGCUCUCAAUGUUGUUAUCGGUGGAGUUUAUCAAUUGGUUCUUAAUGGUCAAUUCUCAACAAUUAAAGCCUCCCAACUUAAAAAUGUAAAAAAUCUUUCACUUUACAACACAGUUGAUAUUAUUUUAGAUGUUAUAGAAGAGGAUAGUGUUUUAGAAAAUAUAGGCUAUACAACAAACACUAUACCAAACAUUAAAUAUUUCAAAAAAUUAAAAUCUUUAUCAAUUUCUUUUGGUCCAAAUUUCAACAAAGAUUCAUAUUCAAACAUUGCUUUCUUUUCACCUCUCAAAGAUAUUAAAAUUUCAGGUGAUAAAGUAGAUUUUCCAAUGGAGCUUACCCAGCUAGUAAAUCCACAAUACACAAAUUUAGCUUUUUGGACUCCUGUACAACCAGUAGGCUUUAUUGAUUUAUCAAAUAAUCAAAUUGACGAAAGUGUAACAUUGUAUAUAAACGAUGGAAUUAACUUUAAUAUAAAUUAUGUAUUUCCAAUCAAAAAGCUUCCAAAAAAAACUAGUCAACUUGAAAUAUUAAACUCUAAUUUUAAUUUCCCAGAUUUAAAUAUUUUUAAAAAUGUCUCAUAUCUUAGUUUUUAUGGAGGUCAAAUACUUACCAAUAUAACUUCAAAUACAGCUCUCACAUUUUCCAACUCAUUAACUAUGACUAAUAUGAAAAUAAAAGGAUUUCUCGAUGAUUCAUGGUGCAACACCCUUCCCAGUCUCAAUUCAAAUAAGUUAGAAGGUACAUUACCAAAGUGUUUCUAUUGUCACUUAAGAAGUACAAUUAUUUCGUAUAAUUUUGGUGGUAAUUUGUUUUCAAAUUUUAAUAUUGACGGAUCUGACUGUACUUAUGAUGAUAUAAAUAUUGAAAUAGAUAUUUCAAAUAAACCAACAAUUGUUUUAUAUGGAAAAAAUAUUGGUUUUGAAGCCAAAAAUAUAAUAACAACACCACCAAAUGUAUUUUCUGGUCUUUCAUUUAAAGGAAAUUUCACCGGUCAAAUGUAUGGUGAUUUAAAAAACGUUACAGUUACCUUUAAAACACAACCAAAGCUUUCAUUCACUUUGACCACCUCAACUAAUCCACCAGUAAUUGAUUCAAUUUCACAAAACAAUUCAACAUUAACAAUUGAAGGUAGUUUCUUUAAUAAUAUACCAUCAAACAUUCAAGUUAGUAUUGAAGAGGAGUUGGUUUGCAAUGUUAAAUCUUCAUCUUUUUACAAAAUUACUUGUGAACUUCAAUAUCCAAUUAAGCCAUACGGUAACAAAGUAUUAAAGGUUAUGGCCAGAGGUUUAUACGCAUUAAAAGAAUUUAAUUUACAAUAUACCCCAAUUCCAUGUCCAGUCUCAGAUUGUAAUGAAGGGGGUGUAUGCAAUGACCAUGAAGGUAUUUGCGAAUGCUAUCAAGAAUUUGUAACAAUUGGUAACAAUAUUUGCAAUAUAGAAAAUAUAUAUAUCUCAACAAGUACCCAAGUUGACUCAAGUACUGGUGGCGAGGUUUCUUUAUUUGGUUGGUUCAGCAGCUAUGCUAAUAUUCAAAUAUUUUUAAAUGAUGUAGAUACCGAAUCUGUUACAUAUGAAUCACAAAGAUUCUUAAAGAUCACUGUACCACCAGGCACAGGAAAGGUUAAAGUUACAAUGGUAAUGGCCCAAUUAAAAUGGAAUGGUUUUAUAUACCCAUAUAUUGAAACCUCCAACAUUGCUUGCUUCAAUAACUGCUCUUCAAAUGGUGUUUGUAAUACCACAUCAAGCGAAUGCACUUGUAAAACUGGUUUUUAUGGUGUCGAUUGCUCAGGAAUCUCACUUGAUGAUCCAAAAACAACUUUAUCAGAUUCUAAUUGGCCAGUUUCACUAACAAAUGAACAAACUGGCUUUUAUAUUUCAAUUGUCUCAAUUAAUGAGGUUUCGUUAGAUGGAUCCAUUGUUAAAAAGCAAUCACCAGUCUGGGAAAAGAAAUCCGAUUCAAAAUUCUUCACAUCAAUCAACGAUAGGACAAUUGCCACAAUGAAUUUUGGUGUCUUAAAUAACCAAAGCAUAGAGAUCAACAAUAAUCAAUUCUUAAUUCAAAAUGGUAUUAUUGCCGAAUUCGAUUUAAGUUAUUGGGAAUUUAAGAACACCAGUAAUCAAUUACAAAUCGUUAUCUCAUCGCAAAUGAAAGUCGACAGCAAAGCAACCCAAAAUAAUUGCAAUUCAGAUAAAUCCGAAUUUUCAAGUGGUUCAAUGAUUAAAGGUUCAAAAAAUGUAAACUUUUUCAAAUUUACCAAAAAUUCCAAAACCCUCUAUGCUCGUAUUCAAAAUAAAGCAUUGGCAUCAUCUUACCAAGUACCAAUUGACAUUAGCCUCUUAUCAAAUCAAAAUAAUACAGUUUUAAUAGGUAUUAAUUUGCCACAUACCCUUAUGGCAAGAAUUUCAUCGGAUUUCUCUUUAUUCCUUGCCCCCGAUUUCAACUCAUCUACCUCGUGUUCUCAAUCAUCCGAUGAUGAGGUUAAUGCCUCAUCCUUGAUUUUGUAUUCAAGCUAUCUUGUAUUAUCAUUAUUAUCCCUUGUAAUCUUAAUUUAA